GCUAGAAAGAAUAUCCUUCAAUUCGGAUGAUAUCACACCCACCGGGAUAACUACAACGUACCCCUAAGAUUCGAAGAUAAAUGGGACCUUUCAGGACACAACUGCCAACCUCUCAUUAUAUAAGAGACAUUGCCUCGAUACUAACGAUCAUCACCACAUUGUUCAGUUUGAGUUGAUAGAACCACUUUCCCAACCAUUCACAAUGCCCGAAUGCUUCACCUCCCCCGGUCCCUAUGGCAAGCAGACGUUCCCAGCUCCCGGCCUCCGAGAUAUCACCCGCAACAUCACCACCCACAAUGAGGAAGGAAAAGGCGUCUUCCUUCCCCCCACCAACUCCCAAUGGGACUCUCCCAUGGCCAACGGCUGGGCCAUCAACAACGUCAUCUACAACACAACCGGCUUUCCAGUCGACCUGAACGACGGCCAGGAUCUUAAGUAUUCCAGCACCCACGAGCCCGGCCUGAUGGAGAACGAAGGCUCGCUCAUCCGGAUUAUCGACUUCGCCCCGGGCUGCGAAUCCAACGCGCAUCGGGCCCUCUCCCUGGGCUACGGGGUGGUCUUGGAAGGGGAAUUUGAGUUCGAGCUGGACGGUGGCGAGAAGCGCGUGAUGAAGCGCGGCGAUGUCUCUGUCAACCGGGCUACCAUCCACACCUGGCGGAAUUUUUCGCCGACGGAGCCGGCGCGGAUGCUCUAUGUGCUUUUGCCUAUCAAGCCGUUGUAUCUGGAUGGGAAGAUGGUGGAGCAGGAUAUGGGGCGCUUGGCGGAGAGUUAUCCGGCUGAUGAGAGGAUGUAG